CAACAAGGCAACAAACAUCUUUAUACUCGUACAGAGAGAAUCUUCCUUGUCAUCAAACCCUCCAGAUUUAUUCCAGAUUUACUCUCAUCCACUCAAAGGCUUCUUCUGGCCUCAACUGGAUUCUUAGAUGAGUCUACCUAUGCCGUCACAUUGGAUCGAUUUCCGGCCCUCGUAAGGGCUGUCCGGAAGGGGAUGGCUGAUGCAACCAAGUCGUCGUCUUCCUUUCUUGGUUCCAUAACGUCUUGGAACAGAAGCAACACUCCGCCUCCCAAAUCACCGCUCCACAAACCAAAGGAAGAACCUCCUGGCCUCAAACAAUCAACAGGACUUGAUCACACCAUCAACCUCCGGCCUUCACCAAGUCUCCGGAGGUACCCUAAGGAUUGUCCGCCUCUUAAGACAAGAUGGUUUUAUGCCGUCGAUGUGGCUAAACGGAAGCCGUUCUCGGUAGAACCAAGUCCAGAAGAAAAAGCAAAGCCUCCACCAGUCCCGAAGAAAUUAGUGGCUUUCUCGGCAUCCGACUCGGCUACUAUUGAGAAAGCCUUCCAGACUCUUGACAGAGAAGACAGUGACCAUCGAGACGGCCACGAAGUUACCAGCACCAAGGUUCCGGUCAAUGAGGAUUACCUUUUCGAUGUCCAUAUUGAGAAACGCGAGUUGGAGCCUGCAUACUGGCUAGGUCCGGUGUACGAAGUCCGCAGGGGGAGUUGGUUCUACACUGAUGGCUCGACUCUAAAGCCCUGCGAUGAGAACUUGGCGAAUCAACUUGAGGAGGGUUACCUGAAGGUUGCGCCAUGGAGGAGGAUUGGCCUGUCGGCUCCUCGUUCCGCCUCGCAACCUAGGAGCAGACCAAGCUCUCAAGUUUUCGACGGCACGUCUCAUUCGGCACAAACCUCGCAAGAUGAUGAUCAACCUAUGGGGUCCAACACCUACCGCCUCUUCGGCUCUCAUAUGAACACGACUGUGACCUAUCAAGACGCUACCGUAGCGUAUCUAUCGACCGACGACUUUCUUUCUCGUAUGAGCACCACAGUCUAUGGGCGCUUCGUCGGCUAUGGAGGGACCAAAGUCCUUCGAGGAUGGACAGAUCUCAAGGUUGCAGAUGGAAAAGUCGCCGACACAAAGUUUGACUCCAAAGCUGGAGAUGGCACAAGCACGAAAGAGAAGCGCAGAUCUGCCAAGAUAUCGCCCGAGACAACACCAGUCGAAGACCAGAACAAGGACCAGGAGCCUGAGAAACCUCGUCGGACUGCGCUAGAACGGCAAAUCUCGUCCUUGGCGGGGAUGCCAGACACCCAAGACUCGCAAGAUUUGGCGGAGGAAGAAGCACGGGAAGAAGAGGAAAGAGAAAUGGAGAAUGCAAGAGAAAAGGAUGGCGACGAUCAAGCCAGGCAAAUUGAUCAUCUGGUUCUGGUGACACACGGUAUUGGUCAACGUCUAGGCCUCAGGCUAGACAGUAUCAACUUCAUUCACGACGUUAAUACUCUUCGAAAGACGAUGAAAGCAGUCUAUGAGUCAGCUCCGGACUUGCAGGCUCUGAGCGGUGACCCCAAGAACUGCAAAGUGCAGGUGCUCCCUAUUUGUUGGCGACAUCUUCUGGACUUUCCCAAACAGAGUGUCAAGCAGAACCGCAAAGAGUCCGACAUUGGGGAUGCUGACGAUGGCUUUGACGAUGAAUAUCCCUCUCUCCAAGAUAUCACCGUUGAAGGGGUCCCGGCGGUUCGAAACCUGAUUACAGAUCUCGCCAUGGACGUUCUCCUAUAUCAGAGUGCCUAUCGAGAACAUAUUGCGUCAAUCGUACAAAAGGAGUGUAACCGCGUCUAUCAGCUUUUCAAACAACGUACAGGUUUCUCUGGCAAAGUCAGCUUUUGUGGCCACUCGCUCGGCAGCGCUGUCCUCUUUGACAUACUUUGUCGACAAGAAGAGACAGGUAAGACUAGACCACGGCGGGUAUCUAGCAAGACGUCAAGAGAGUUCAAUGUUGAGCAAAAAGAUCUGCGCCUUGAUUUUGAGGUGGAGAAUUUCUUCUGUCUCGGCUCUCCCAUCGCGCUGUUCCAGAUGCUGAAAGGAAGGACUAUCGCUGCUCGAUCGACUUUGGGCGCUGGUACUUUCGGGGCAGCCGCCGUGCCUACAUCACCCUUCGACCCAGACCCAAUGCGCAACGAUCCCUUUGAUAGAGCCCUCAGACCUCCCGGUGGGGGAAGCUCCAAAGACCUCAUUCCAAUUGGCACCUCCUCCCCUAAAUGCAACGAGCUCUUCAAUAUCUUUCACCCUACAGACCCCAUCGCAUACCGCAUGGAGCCUCUAAUAUCGCCGGCCAUGGCACAACUCAAAUCUCAACCUCUUCCAUACACCAAGAAAGGGCUCUUUGCAGCACCUGGCAUUGCAAACGUGACAGCCCGGAUGGGGCAGCAGGUUAUGUCAAGCUGGUACAACCUGACGUCUGGCGUAGCAUCUAGCCUGAUUAACCGAAGUCUCGGCAUCACAGGCGAGGAACAAGCUUUGCCACAAGACAAAUUGAAAGCAUCAGGUGGCAUUGCCACCAAUCCCUCGGGACCUACAAGCGCUCAGCAUACCAUGCCCGUUGCCGACGACAAGAGACAACAAGAUCUUGCCGACGCCGCCAAGUCUUCGCCCUCUAGCGAACAAGUACCGACUCUGAUAGAUUCGGAAAUCGAAACAUUGUAUGCCGGCUUCCAAAAGCGGCGAUCUUCACAUGCUGCGACUGAAGGCAAUGAAGAAGGCGGGUCAACCUCGCCGUCUGCGGAAUAUCAGCUGUCGCAAGAACGGGCACGCAAAUUGAAACGUGAAGAAAUGAAAGUGCGGGCGUUGAACAGCAACGGUCGCGUCGACUAUCAUAUCCAGGAAGGUAUGUUCGACGUGUCACUACUUGCCAGUAUCGCCAGCCACUUGAGCUAUUGGGCCGACGAGGACGUGAACCAUUUUAUGAUUGGACAAAUGUCGAAGACAAGAGGUCACGAUCGGGACAGAGAGAGAGGGUUCUCGCGGUGAGUCUGCUUGGCAGCCGUUGCGCCAAUUCGAGUUUCAAGCUGGUUUGGUUGGCUUGGACCGUUGCGAAAGACCUGAACAUGAACGGACUGCGUGUUGCGUUGACUACAUGGAAUUGAGAUAUCCCCUAGAGCAGGAAUGUUAUUUUUAUUGUGUCCA